GCAUCUCUUUGUUCAUUUGGUUUUCCCUCUGCGUUUAUUUAUAUGAUAGAGUGAUAGAGUGCUGUUAGUAACCAAUCACCCUAAUAAAUCUGCAUUAGAAUCUAAUUUAUUCAUAUUAUUUGAAGCCUAUAGAAUGAGAUUACAGAUUAAUUUAUCAUCUGUGAUUUUGUUUUCAAUGUUGACGUUGGAACACCGAAAAGUAGUGGAAAUUCAAGUUAUCGGUGGUGAUAUUUCUAAGUGGGAGAAAAGAUGGACUAUGUGUAUGGACCGGGAAAGAACCAUCUCUUUGUUCUGGGGCCGGUUAACAUCCCAGAACCGGUUAUUCGGGCCAUGAACAGGAACAAUGAGGAUUACCGUUCCCCUGCCAUUCCUGCAAUGACAAGAACUCUUCUUGAAGAUGUUAAGAAGAUUUUCAAGACUACCACCGGCACUCCCUUUUUGAUCCCAACUACAGGAACUGGUGCAUGGGAGAGUGCACUUACUAAUACCCUGUCCCCUGGAGUUGAAAGCGAGUGGGGUCAAGGUGCGAACCUUGACAUUCUGGCGGAAAAACUUGCAGCUGAUCACGCCCACACAAUCAAGGCCAUUUGCAUUGUUCACAAUCAUGCAACCAAAAAAUCUUUGUUAACAACAAUGCAACAAUAA